AUGCGGCCACCAUUCACGAGAACAGCAGGCUCCCUGCUCCGCCGUCAGGCUCCGGUCGCGUCGUCUUCGCUGCUGUCGAGGCGGGCGUACGCCUCCGCUGCUGCCGCCGAGGUGCCCGCGCAGGUGACGACGCUCCCGAACAAGGUGCGCGUCGCGACCGAGAACAUUCCGGGACACUUCCACUCUGUGGGCGUGUAUGUCGACGCUGGAAGCAGGUACGAGAGCCACAAGUCGAGCGGAACGUCGCACCUCCUCGACCGGCUAGCGUUCAAGAGCACGAACAAGCACACCGACGACGAGAUGACCGUGCUCGUCGACCGGCUAGGCUCGCAGAUGACGUGCUCGUCCUCGCGCGAGACGAUCAUGUACCAGUCUACCGUCUUCCCUCAGUCGCUGCCGCUGGCGCUUGAGCUCAUGUCGUCGACUAUCCUGCACCCGAACCUGCUCCCCGAGGAGCUCGAGACGCAGAAGGACGCGGCAGCGUACGAGAUCCGCGAGAUCUGGGCCAAGCCCGAACUCAUCCUCCCCGAGAUCCUGCACACUGUCGCGUUCCGGGACAACACGCUCGGCAUGCCGCUUCUGUGCCCCGAGAGCCAGCUCAACGUGCUCGGCGAGAAGGAGAUCCGCCAGUUCAUGACGGACUGGUACCGACCCGAACGCAUCGUGGUUGCGGGCGUCGGCAUGCCGCACGAGGAGCUUGUUGAGCUGACGCAAAAGUUCUUUGGCGAGCUCCCCGCGCCCCCGACGACUGGUCUCCCGCCGGGAGUCAGCCCGGACUUUGCCCAGCUGGCGAGCGCCCGCGCAACCUACACUGGUGGACAGGAGUACAUUCUGAAGCCAGAGGAGGAGUUUGUCCAUCUCUACGUUGGCUUUGAGGGUCUCGGCGUGCACGACCCGGACAUCUACGCCCUCGCGACGCUGCAGACGCUUCUCGGUGGUGGUGGCUCGUUCUCGGCCGGCGGCCCCGGAAAGGGCAUGUACACGCGCCUGUACACGAACGUCCUGAACCGCUACCACGCCGUCGACUACUGCGCCGGUUUCCACCACUGCUACGCCGACAGCGGCCUGUUUGGUAUUGCCAUGAGCGUCUACCCCCAGUUUGCGCAGAGCGCCGCCAACGUCCUCUCCCACCAGCUCGACCUCCUCACCCGUCCCCAGAAGGGCGGCAUCACGCAGAUCGAGCUCUCCCGUGCCAAGAACAUGCUCAAGAGCCAGCUCGUCAUGGCCCUGGAGUCGCGUCUGACCGCUGUUGAGGACCCAGAUUCACGGCAAAAAGGUCCCCGUCGAGGAGAUGUGCGCGAAGAUUGA